UGAGGAUUCUCGUACUCGGAUGGCGCGCGCCCAGCACGCGCUCGACACGCCGCCUCAUUGGCUUUAAGUGCCUCCAAGCACGUUAGCACGGGGCGGUGAGCAGCAGAAUGACGACUAGAAGCUGCCGUUAAAUCGGGUUGGAUGAUUUGAAGAGGACUAAUUUUAGAAAAGUGGGAAUUAGCACUUCACAGCACCACAGCACUCGCUGGUGUGGUACGUGUGGGUGCACAGUGAUAGUCUUUAUUAUGGAUCAGUGUGUCAGGGUUAAAAACGUGAUGUUUAACUUUUAGACCUUUAGGCUUUAUUGGCACACCUGCGCUGGACCGUUUCGAGGAGACCGAUAAAGGCGAAUAAUGUUCGAAGCCGGAGGAGUUCCUGUCGUCCUGCUUGACUUGACCUGCAUCGUCCUCGCUGCGCUUCCAUUCGCCGUAUUAACACCACAACAUAAUCCGUUUAAACGAGGAUUCUUCUGUGCUGAUGAGUCCAUCAGAUAUCCCCUCAGAGAUGACACCAUACCAUAUCAGUUACUGGCUGGAGUAAUAGUGCCACUAACUGUAAUUGUUAUCGUCUCUGGCGAGUGCCUGUCCAUAUACCUGAGACCCAUCAGGUCCAAGCCGUCAUUUGCCAACAGCUAUGGACCCUGUGUAUACAAGGCCAUGGCCACCUUUUUGUACGGAGCUGCUAUCAGCCAGUCGCUGACUGACAUUGCCAAGUACACCGUCGGGAGACUCAGACCUAAUUUCCUAGCCGUAUGCAAGCCUUUGUGGAAUACUGUGGACUGUAAGUCGGGAGGCUACAUCGAAAACUUCACCUGCACAGGAGACAAGCAUGUGGUGAAUGAGAGUCGGCUUUCUUUUUACUCCGGCCACUCCUCCUUCUCAAUGUACUGCAUGGUGUUUUUAGCACUGUACCUACAGGCCAGACUCCAGACAGAAUGGUCCCGGCUUCUCCGGCCCACAGUCCAGUUCUUCCUGAUCUCCUCCUCCCUGUACGUGGGCUUGUCUCGUGUGUCAGACUACAAGCAUCACUGGAGCGACGUGCUCACUGGGUUCCUCCAGGGGGCUGUGGUGGCCGUGCUGAUGGUGUUUUUUGUGUCCGAUUUCUUCAAAAAGCCAGUAGGGUUGGAGCUGGACGAGGAGAUCUCUCACACCACUUUACAGGAUACUGCGUCUAAUGGGAAUCACUAUGGUAGCACAGACUGACAGUGACUGGGGAAGCCCUCACACACUCUGCCUCUCUCACACACACACACACGUGCGCAUCCCACCCAAUAACCCCACAUCAAUGUGUCUCUAUGUUUUCUGAAAUACUGUAUUUCCUUGACCAGACUAUUGCUGCUGUGUAAGAUCCCUCGGUCCUCUGAAGAUUAGAAUACUGGGAUAGGCUCUGUGUGUUUUUGUGCGUGCGUGCACACAUGUGUGUGUGUGAGAGAGAGACAGAGACGUGUGAACUGUAAAGGCAAAUGUGUUUAAGGUUUAUUGGAUGACUGAGUGGCUUCAUAAUAAUGUUUAGAAUCUAUUCUGUUAACACAAAGCUUUUGCAUUAUCUGUUUAUGAAGGAAAUGAAAACAUUCAUGCAAAUAAACCUACACACAUCUUUGUUUUGAAUAGUCAAUAUGUUUUCCAUUUCUUUCCUAGCGUUGAUCGUUAUUGAUGAAUAAAGAUUGUGUCCUCUCUAUUGUAAUAUCCUUGCGAUGGUUUACUGUUUUUGGAUAGGAACCGCUCUCAAAAUUAUUUUUGAACUCUGUUUGAUCAGGGGUCCAUAGGCUGCCCUACAAAGCACCACAGUAUGUCCAUGUGCAAUGCAGAAAGCUUCGUAGAAGUUCCGAGAAAUUUGCGUAGAAAUGUCUUGUCUAGUUAACCUGUUCAAGGCCUAUGUCUCUCAUGUGUCAUCAUCAACAGUAAGGAGCGUUGCGGAGGAGGACAUGUUCAAAGUGAGAGUAUUGCGAAGUGAUGGAGCAAUGCUUAUGGUGUGUUCUUGAGCAACUGGAGAGUGGGAAAGUCCCGACCUCUGAGUGGGAGAACACACAAGAACGCCUGUUGAUCUGGGAACAUCCCACCAGGAAAGUGUGAGAUUUUUGAGAGUUCCGAAAAGUAAGCUUGACGUCACUCGACAUGGCAGAGUUUGUGGUUAAAGGUACAAAAAAAUUGACUUGCCUUACUUUAGGUCGCACUCAUUAGCGCAGGUGAUUGUGAUGUGAAAAAAUAGUUUACAGUUUACUUAGUGCAUCUUAUCAGCCUUGCUAGCUGGCCUACAUAACACUACUUGACUGUUGGUUUUCGUUAUGUGAACCCUCUGAACCCGGUGGGAAGUGGGAUGAUCCGAAAAAGUUCCCCAUCUGCCAGAACGCACGAUUGGUCACAGGAGAAAAUCAACACUGCAUUUGACGAAUUCAUCGCAGAUCUUGCUGAUCAAACUAUAAUGUGUUGUAGUUCUAUCGAAAGUUGUCAACUUUACCCUCAAAUGCUGUAAUUUCUUUCUUGCAAAGUAACAUGAAGACCAAAUGGCAUCGGUGGUUGUUUCUCUCUGUAGGCUGAUUACCUCUGUAUAAAUGAAUCAUCCCUUUGUGCCGAAAUGUGAACAGGUGACCAGCUAAGCUCAUUACAUUAGCCUACAUUACAUUCUAUCAGAAAAAGGAACAAUAGACCAUUGUGUCUGGAGUCUAAAAAUCACAGUAUAAUGUGACUCGUAUGCCUCAUUGCUUACUCUGAGUAUUUCUCUCUGUCUGAGGAUUUUGUGGGGGCCAUCUGUUGCCCUCUCCCCAAGUGUUGCCACUCAGUGUUCCCCUGCCAGGUGUCACUGGUGGAUUCACAAAGGGAAAGGGGGAGGGCUGACCUAAGCAGGCUUGAAAGGUCAGUGGGGGAUGGGGAAAAGGGCCUAUGAUGAUGUCUGUUGCGGCUAGACAGUCUACACAUUGACUGUUCCUGCAGGCGGUAGAAUACACAUUGUAAACACAUGAGACUUCAGCUAUUUAGAGACAAAAAAUACAUUUAAGUCCACGUACGUAAAACAACCAAAAGUAAUAGUAACAAAAUUUAAAAAAAUAUUGUCCUGAACCAUUGUCAUUGGGAGAAGCUACCGGGAGACAUUUUGGCUAUGUUUUGGGAGACUGGUGUCCCUAGUGGUGAGUUUGAGUAAACUGUUCUCCUUCGAAUCUUUGUGCUCCCGUAGCCAUUCCCUGUUGGUAGUGGUUUUGGUAGCGUGUUCUCUUUGUCUGCGACCAGGCAACUGCAUGAUCAGCCUGAAUGUAACGUUAGGGACUAGAACGGGUCGUCUUCUUGAGCCAUCUGUUUACAGGCUGUUGCAUCAAGAGAAGAAAUCAAGGAUGGUUUUAGUGCAUGUUGGAUAUCUGGUUCUUCCCGUUUUUGGCUCAGUAAGAAAUAGAGGUAUUUAUAUCUACUUAUCCUUGACAAUCACACCAGCCUGAAUGCCUCUUUCACCAAGCGUGUACAAUGAGAAAUCGUCGAAAACGUAUUUUUGGGUAUUGAGUGGUUGUUGGCUAGCUAAGAAGCUGGUUUGGUUAUUAAAAACAGGCGUGUUUUUGCAACUGAAAUUACGGUCACCACUAGUAAGUGUCUAGCGUCCAUAUUUUCUGCUUGAUUAUCCGAAUGUUGGCUGUCUCUGUCAGUCGUUGAGUAGGCCUGAACUCCCGUACCUAAAUAGCACCUGCUUCAAUCCUGUGUAAGAAAAGAAAUGGCAAAACCCUUGAUUUGGAAAUGUCACAAGAAGUGUCAAUUCGUUUGUUUAAUCGAACACAGCUAACUAGCUAGCCAAUAUUUGUACACAGCUGGCAUCACGGCUCAGCCGAGAACUCAGCAUUUGUCCGACAGAGCUAACGUUAAAUACUAGCUAGCUUAGCUAGCAAAGAUAUUUUUAAAAUAAAAUCGUUAAAAUGUUUCUGGCAAACAUAAGCAUUGUUGUGGGUAUUGGUCAUGUUUCAAUUUCGGAUGUCGGUGCUUGCGUGCACAUAGGACAAAUUUCGCCAAAUGUGAGGGUUUUGUGAGCUGCUGCUGAUGUCAUUUGAGGAUUAUGCGGUAACGUUUGCUUGGCAUAGAGCUAGCUAUCUAUCUAACGUUAGCUUACUUAAUGUCGAUGAGCUAGUCGGUUGUUAUUGGUUGCUAGCUUGGCGCAACAUUUUUUGGAUUUGCCUAAAAUGUUGCAUCUAGCUGAUUAUGGCCUAAAAGGUAACCCAUUGUCGUGCUGAGUGUUCACUUUUCAGUAAUUGGUUGCCUGAUGCAAUAACACAAACGAGCAACAGCUAGCUAAAUGUGUUUGCUAGCUAGCGAUACCAUUUGGUGGCUAACAUUAGUGAGUUGUGCGUUAUUUGAGCUGGGCAAACCCGCUAGCGUCUCUGGUUACAGGCAGCUGGUUAGUCAGAUGACUGUAACCAGCUGUCCAGCUAGCUUGUUUUAGGCUGUAGCGUGGCUUUUAGCUAUUUCCAUUCAAUGGCAUCAGUGAUUUUUCAUUGUGCUUUUAUUUCUGUUCUUAUUUCCUGUUCCAUAGUAUCGAGGCUGGCUCUACAUUCUGCAUUAUCAGAUCUUUGUCGUCCCCCCUCCAUUGUGUAGCUAAUGACCAUCUGCUGCUGUGUGGUGUGGCCUCUGCCUGUAUCUGCAUUUAGCUGUAUUGUGAACCCCUUCUCCAUUUCCUCUUUCCAUCCGAAGACGACAUUGGUAUUUUAAACACCCAAGAAUGUUACUCCCUUGUGUGAAGCAGACUAAAAUUAGCUAACACCUUUUAGAAACGAAUUGUCUCUCUACAUGUCAAGUUGCUAUAGUUAACCCAUUGUAGCAUUAGUUAAUAUAUUAAAUUUCAUGUACCUCCCAUCUAGUCUUGGUAGAAAACAUGUGUAAAUUCCUGUAAAGUGGAUACAUUUUGCGUCAAUUUGGCUUGUUACGCAUUGCCUUUCAUGCUUCCGGAAUCACUAUUAUUAACGUUCUCUAUUACUAAUUUGUAAAUGAAAGGCAUAUCGGAAAAAAUGGAAGUGCACAGCAAAAGCUCGUGUAUCUAUGAACCUUUUCCUGUGACGGAGGCGUAUACUGGAGAGAUGCUAUUGUAAUUAUAAUAGCCAUUUUGCCAUUUCAAGAGAUAUGUCUUGAAAAAUAUUGAAUUUGCAAAUUCCAGCAUGUUUACCUCAAGCGACAUGUCAAAAUUACUGUGAAGAUUGGAUUUCACGAAAGGCAUGCCUCUGAGGCUUAUUUCUAAAAAAAAAAAUUUAAAAAUAAAGAAGAAGCAAAAAAACAUACAAAAACGUCAAGCAAAAUGCUAUCCAUUUCACAGGGAUGUUUAUUUUCCUGCACUGCAACAGAAAUCCUCUUAUCAGAUUCAAAGUGUCUAUUGUUUGGUUGUGGUCUCUCUACCUUUUGUUCUGGUAAUAGACUUCAAUGCAUGGUCACGUUAUAUUCAUAUUUUGUUUUACAUUGAAUAGUAUAUUCCAAUGUAAUCUUUCUGUAGCAAAGAUGUACCCUGCUAUACUGUAACGUGCUGUAGCCGAACACACAUGCUCAUUGGAUGCAGCUUUUGUUCUGUUAACCCUAUACAGAGCAUGACAGGCCUUGCCUCCAGUCAGUGUUGUUUUUUGUUUUAUUAUUUUGUUGCAUGGUAUUUAUAUUUAUGACACAGUUCCACAUAUACUAAUAUUUUUCAAUAAAGAAUAUAGUAUUUUUCCUAA